UUCCUUGCGGCGUCCGGCGGGGAAAGUCGCGGGGGAAGCGUCCGCGCGGGCGCCGCCGGAGCAGCUUCCCUCGGCAUGUCCGGCCCCACCUGGCUGCCCCCAAAGCACGUGGGGGUCCUGGGGCAGCCGGACAUCACCAUUUCUGCUCCAGCCGUCUGCAAGGCCCAGAAGAGCUUUGCCUCGGUCCCUGCGGCCCCCAGACCCACCCACCGAUCUCAGCAGACCAAUGGAGCAAUGAGCUCAGCGGGGCCCCCUUCCCGGGACCAGCCCCCUCUGCCAGGCCCCACAUUGCUUCCUCAGGACGCUGCUGUGGAGACCCCCUACUCCUCCGCAGGCGAGCGAGGAUCCAGGGGCUCCUGGGGCAGUGCCUCACUGCCUGGCUACCCCCUGCAGCAGGGGGACUCCCCGGAGCAGGGACAGGUUCUCGGCCCCACCAGCAUCGACAUCCAGAUAGACUCUCUCACCAGCAUGUUGGCAGAUAUGGAGAGCAGUCAACACCGCCGGGGCGAGCGACCGAGCACGGAACCCCUGCCAUAUCCGGCUCUUCCGCUGCAGCCUGGCGCCCCCAGACCCAGCCUCCCUGGCAGCUUCUUGCCCUCCAAGCCUGAGGCCAAAGGGCUGCCCUAUGGCGGUCCGCCAGCCUCUGGGUCUGCUUAUCCUGCUGCCCCGGUGCUGCCCUGCCAGUACGGCCCGCCUGGCCUGGGGGAUUCCUACGGGUACCACCGGGGGCCCCCGGCACCCAAGCCGUACCCUCAGCCGAUGCCGGCCUCGUAUGCCACGGCGUCCUCCUCGGCUGGGCCCCCCUUCAGCGUCCAGGUGAAGGUGGCCAAGCCGGUGGUGGGCCACAACCAGCCCAGGCGCAGGGCCGAGCCGGCCUACGGCCCCCCCUCCCCCCGGCUGGGGUAUGGGAUGAAGCCUCCCCCGCAGCACGCCUCCGAGCCGGGGUCCCGGGCCCGCCCCCACGAGGCCGAGCCUUGGUAUCCGGAGCCACCCUCCUAUGGCCGGAGGCUGGGCGAGGGGGAAUUCUACACCGGCCCUGCAGGGCAGGCCAGGCUGGGGGCGCCGCUGGGCCAGUUCCAGGCCGGAUUGGCGAAAGCUGGGAAGGACGAGUUGGCUGUGCCCCAGGUUCCCUCCAGCAGUGGGGGGCUGAGGUUUCCGCAUCAGCCUCCCCCAUGCCGCCCAGAAGAGGAGUUAGAUCGGCUUACGAAGAAACUUAUCUACGACUUGAACAAUCCUCCAACUGCAGAAUAUUUUGGCCGCUGCGCUCAGUGCGGGGAGAACGUGGUGGGCGACGGCACGGGUUGCGUGGCCAUGGACCAAGUCUUCCACGUCGAGUGCUUCACUUGUGCCACCUGCCGCUGCCACCUCCGGGGACAGCCGUUCUAUGCCAUCGACCGCCGGUCCUACUGUGAAUCCUGCUAUAUUGUGACCCUGGAGAAGUGUUCCAUGUGCUCAAAGCCCAUCAUGGAUCGGAUCCUGCGGGCCAUGGGCAAGGCCUACCACCCCCAGUGCUUCACCUGCGUCGUCUGCCACCGCUGCCUGGACGGCAUCCCCUUCACGGUCGACGCCACCAGCCAGAUCCACUGCAUCGAAGAUUUCCACCGGAAAUUUGCCCCCCGAUGUUCCGUGUGCGGAAAUGCCAUCAUGCCCGAGCCGGGGCAGGAGGAGACCGUGAGGAUCGUGGCCCUCGACCGCAGCUUUCACAUCAGCUGCUACAAAUGCGAGGAGUGUGGGCUGCUGCUCUCUUCUGAAGGGGAGGGCCGAGGCUGCUACCCCCUGGACGGCCAUAUUCUCUGCAAGAACUGCAGUGCGCGGCGGAUCCAAGAUCUCUCCUCCAAGAUCACCACCGACUGCUGAUGGGGGGUACCUCGGCCUCCUUCCCCUGGGGGUGCCCUGGGUUGGGGCCUCGUGGGCUGCUUGACUUUGCACCGCCUUUCUGGUGCCCCCUUCCAAGAAAAGAUCUCAUCGCUCUAAUGCAGUGUUUCUCCGCCUUGGCGGCUUGAAGAUGCGCGGACUUCAACUCCCAGAAUUCCCCGGCCAGCAAAGCCAAGGCGGAGAAACACUGCCCUAAUGCCUUUUUCUAUCAUUUUAGCAGCUUCCCAGCUCGGGGGUGGGGGGUGGAGGCAUCAUGGCCCCUUUGCUUUGCUCGGUCCAGCUCUUGACUCUGAAUCUGCUGCUGCGCUUUCCAAAGUCACCCGAAAUAGGUUUAGGCCUGUCAUUCAGCCUGCCCCAGCCAGGGCAGACCACAACUCCCAUCAUCCUCAGCUAGCAUGGCUGUUCUGCGUGGCCCCUGGAAGCAGGUGUCGCACCCUCUCUGUCCCAGAAUAUACUUGAAUGGACUCCCACGCCCAUCAGCGCUGAGGGCUCUCACCCCCGUAAGCUGGCCUUGCCUGGGCUAGGGGCAACGCGCACCGAAGACCCCCGGCUACAUCUUCCACUGUCCCGUUUUGGAGCGAAACCCUUUUCCUCUUUUCCAAAACAGACUUUGGUGUCCAAGUGCCUUCUUUCCAGCCUAGCUUAUUUUUAUUAUUAUUUUUAUAUAAAACUGUUCCUAUUUUUCUGCCACCUC